AUGGCUACUAAAAAACCAUGCACGGAUGUAACAAAAAGGAGCCGAAGUCCCGUCGUGUUGGAGGCGGAGAUGUUCAGCGAAUUUCAGGACUGGUGUCUCCGGACUUAUGGGGACUCGGGUAAAACAAAGACUGUCACUCGGCGAAAAUACAACAAAAUCAUGCAGACCCUCUUGCAAAACGACGAGUCGGAUGGUGUCUAUGUUGACAACAGCCACAUCAAUGCCAAAUUCAAAUUCUGGGUGAAGUCAAAAGGGUUUCAGGUCGGGACUAACAUUUUGGGCGAGCACAACAAAAAGGGAGCAGCGGGGAAGCCCGUCCUGUACGUCCCUGUCAAAUCAACGUGUUCAGACGGUAGCGCCACCCAGGACAGCUCUCUGAAGCGUGUGGCAGUAGUGGAGGAUUUCUUCGACAUCAUCUAUGCCAUGCACGUGGAAAUGGGCGCCGAUCCCGGCCGAGCCCCCAAACAUGCCGGACAGAAAAAGACCUACAAAGCGAUUGCGGAGACGUAUGCAUUCCUGCCCAGGGAGGCGGUGACCCGUUUCCUGAUGAGCUGUGGAGAGUGCCAGAAGAGGAUGCAUAUUAACCCCAGCACUGCAGAGUUUAAAGAAAACGACCGACCCACCUCUCUGGUACCGGACCUCAUUGAUUAUAACAUGCCUCUCACUGCCACCUACCUGAAACAGAUGAAACUACAGUGCAUGACAACCAAUGAACAGGAUGACAGUUCGGUGAGCAGUGAGGAUCUGGACAUGGCUGAGCCGGCAUGGGUCUCUGCAGAGCGUGCUCCAGCACCAGAGCCCAGCCCACCGGGCCACGCCGAGAGCAUGCACAGUCCCCAACAAACCAUCAAGGAGGAGGACGAUGACUCGUCCUCGGAGAGCGGCAGCGCCAAUGGAAUCCCUGCCUUGACCGCUCCCGGGGCAGCCGUGGCUGCGGGGGUUGUUUCCGCCCCUGAGGGGGGGGUCGCGUACGGAGAGGUGAAUGGGAACGGGGUUGCGGCGCCUUUGGACUUCAGCACCACUUCGUCCUCCUCUUCCUCCGAGGACCAGCAGCCCGUAAACCUUAGCGACAGACUGCUACCCGUGGUCAACUACCCGCCCGACCCCAGCAAGAAAUACCCUGUCAAAACAGAGUACGGCAACAAGUCUCCUCAGUAUAGCUCAGGGAGCUAUGACUCAGUGAAGACAGAAGUGAGCAUGUGCGCUGAGGAUCUGACCUCUGGCCGAGCCCAGGUCAUUGAUGAUGAUGACGAUGAUCAUGAUGAUCAUGACGACAGUGACAAGAUCAAUGACGCUGAAGGUCUGGACCCAGAGAGACUCAAAGCUUUCAACAUGUUUGUCAGGCUGUUUGUGGAUGAGAAUCUGGAUCGUAUGGUUCCCAUCUCCAAACAGCCCAAAGAGAAGAUCCAGGCCAUCAUCGAGUCCUGCAGCCGCCAGUUCCCUGAGUUUCAAGAACGAGCACGCAAGCGCAUCCGCACCUACCUCAAGUCCUGUCGCCGCAUGAAGAAAGGAGGCUUUGAGACUCGACCCACACCCCCCCACCUCACCUCUGCCAUGGCUGAGAACAUACUGGCUGCUGCCUGUGAGAGUGAGACACGUAAUGCUGCCAAAAGGAUGCGUCUAGACAUCUACCAGGCUCACGAUGAACAGAUUACAUUAGAUAAGCCAAACUCUAGGGAUCCAGCUGCCCUAGCUCACUCAGGCUUCUCACUGGCCACCACAGCCUACUCACAGGACCAGCUCUACACCAAUGGAGGGCUCAAUUACAGUUUCCGUGGUUACGGGGCUCUUGGUGGCAGCCUUCAGAACAGUGGCUCAACACAGAGCAAUGGUCCCACUGAUCUCAGUAUGAAGUCUCUUGCCUCCAGCUCCUCCUCAUCCUCCAGCUCUAACAGUCAUGGACAGGGCGGAGGUGGAGGCGGGGCCUCGGCUCAGCUCAGCGCCCCAGAGAUCACGGCAGUAAGGCAGCUCAUCGCAGGUUACCGUGAGUCCGCUGCCUUCCUGCUCCGCUCUGCAGACGAGCUGGAGAACCUCAUUCUUCAGCAGAACUGA